GAGCCUGGCCUGUUUUUAAAUGUUUAUUUCAGUAGCUCUUGGGGUACAAAUGGUUUUUUGUUACACAGAUGAAUUAUAAAGCGGUGAAUUCUGAGAUUUUAGUGCACCCCUCAUCUCAGUAGUGUAUACGGUACCUAGUGCAUAGUUCUUUUAUUCCUAGCCUCUCCCAUCCUCCCCUUUCUGAGUCUCCAAAGUCCAUUAUUUCACGGUGUAUGCCUUUGCAUACUCAUAGCUUAGCUUUUGCUUAUAAGUGAGAACAUAUAAUUUUUGGUUUUCCACUCCUGUAUUACUUCGCAUAGAAUAAUGACCUCUCACUCUUCCAAAUAUUUCACUCUUUUUUGUGGCUGAGUAGCAUCCCAUGGUGUAUAUAUACCACAUUUUCUUUAUCCACUCAUUAGUCAGUGGGCACUUAGGUUAGUUCCACAUUUUUACAAUUGUGAAUCGUGCUGCCAUAAACAUACACGUGAAAGCCUACUUCACUUUAAGCUGUGAGGGCCACAAGCGUGUCUGUCGUGUCUACCUUGGCACUAUUCUCGGUCCCAAGCCCACAUCCUGACACCUAAUAAUUAUUAACUGGCCGCACCACUGCUUCAUCAUUCAUGUUUCUGUUUCGUAGACCCUUUUGCCAGCCAGUCUGAACUAUUUGCAGUAACACAAGUGUGCCUUCCUCUCUAAAUGCUAGACUAGUUACAAUUUACCCAUUUAUUCACACAUUUAUUCAUUUUUCUUGGAAUUACCACUCUCCUACCCUGUGGCUGAUACUAGGCAGGUUCUCUGAAUGAAUAAAUGGAAACAAACUUAGAAGUGCAGCUCAAGACGUAAUAAAUAGCCAAGGAAUUGACCAAUAUAAGGAACUGCAUACUAGAACAGUUUUUCCCCAGGCAUAAGUAAACAAGUGCAAGUAUGAGGCAAACAGACGUCCUUCUCUUGCUCUGCCCCGUCUGGGAACCAUAUUUUAAUUAAUCAAGACUUUGCAGAAUGAAUCGGAACAAAACCAAAACAAAAUAAAGGGCAAACAAACUAAAUUCUGAGAAAGAACUGACUGAAAAGGUAAUCAACUCCCCUAAACCCCAAGUCUAAAUGGCACGCUUGCUGCAGCUCAGCCGACAGUCCCCCUGCUCCCUGAAGCCCCGCCCCGGGGAAGGCGGGGCCUGCGGGAUUGGCGGGGAUUUCCCUCGAGACCACGCCCUCUCUGGGCGGGCCGUAGGCCCUCCUCCGUUUCCUAGGAGACGAAACACACAAGACGCCGGAGCUUCACAAGGGAGCGAACAAGGGUGUUUAUAAGAAUGGAAGCGCUGUUUCCUUGCCAGAUUCCUUCGUGCUAUAGCUCAUGAACCUCUGUAAUCUUGGGGAAGAGCCUAUAUUUAAUGAUGACAAACCUGUCACCAGUGUAGCAACAACAGUGUGAGGACAAAAACAAAAAUUAAGAAGCGUUCAAAUUUAUAUUCAACAAGGAAGUCAUUUCAAUCAACAACUUCUGCUGCAUUAUUUUUCCAAGAUGAACCGAUACACAACCAUGAGACAGUUGGGGGACGGCACGUAUGGGAGUGUGCUUAUGGGCAAGAGUAAUGAAUCCGGGGAGCUGGUGGCCAUCAAAAGGAUGAAGAGAAAAUUCUAUUCUUGGGAUGAAUGCAUGAACUUGAGAGAAGUUAAGUCUCUGAAGAAACUUAAUCAUGCCAAUGUUAUUAAAUUGAAAGAAGUUAUCAGAGAAAAUGACCAUCUUUAUUUUAUAUUUGAAUAUAUGAAAGAAAACCUCUAUCAAUUAAUGAAAGACAGAAACAAGUUGUUCCCUGAGUCAGUCAUCAGAAAUAUUAUGUAUCAAAUAUUGCAGGGGCUGGCUUUUAUCCAUAAACACGGCUUUUUUCAUAGGGACAUGAAACCAGAAAACUUGCUUUGUAUGGGUCCAGAGCUUGUGAAAAUUGCUGAUUUUGGACUUGCAAGAGAAUUAAGGUCACAGCCACCAUACACUGAUUAUGUCUCUACCAGAUGGUAUCGUGCCCCUGAAGUUUUACUGAGAUCUUCAGUUUAUAGUUCUCCCAUUGAUGUGUGGGCUGUUGGAAGUAUCAUGGCUGAACUCUAUAUGUUAAGGCCACUUUUCCCAGGGACAAGUGAGGUCGAUGAAAUCUUUAAAAUUUGCCAAGUUUUAGGGACUCCCAAAAAAAGUGACUGGCCAGAAGGAUACCAGCUGGCAUCCUCUAUGAACUUCCGUUUUCCCCAGUGUGUUCCUAUAAACUUAAAAACUCUUAUUCCCAAUGCCAGUAAUGAAGCUAUUCAGCUCAUGACUGAAAUGUUGAAUUGGAAUCCAAAGAAACGACCAUCAGCAAGCCAGGCAUUGAAACACCCGUAUUUUCAAGUUGGUCAGGUAUUAGGCCCUUCCUCAAAUCAUCUGGAAUCAAAACAGUCUUUAAAUAAGCAGCUGCAACCAUUAGAAUCCAAGCCAUCUUUAGUUGAGGUAGAGCCUAAGCCUCUGCCAGAUAUAAUUGAUCAGGCUGUUGGACAACCCCAGCCAGAAACUAGCCAGCAGCCACUGCAGCCCAUUCAGCCGCCACAGAACCUGCGCGUCCAGCAACCUCCAAAGCAACAGACUCAGGAGAAACCGCCACAAACGCUAUUCCCGAGCAUCAUCAAAAACAUGCCAACUAAGCCAAAUGGCACACUGAGUCAUAAAAGUGGUAGGAGGCGCUGGGGUCAGACUAUCUUCAAGUCUGGAGAUAGCAGGGAAGAGUUGGAGGACUAUGAUUUCGGCGCCUCCCAUUCCAAGAAGCCAAGCAUGGGUGUUUUUAAAGAAAAAAGGAAAAAAGAUUCUCCAUUUCGGCUUCCAGAGCCAGUACCCUCAGGCUCCAACCACUCGACAGGGGAAAACAAGAGCUUACCUGCUGUUAUUUCCCUAAAAUCUGAUUCCGAAUUGUCAACUGCUUCAACCUCUAAACAGUACUACUUGAAACAAUCAAGAUAUCUUCCAGGUGUGAAUCCCAAGAACGUGUCCUUGAUAGCCAGUGGAAAGGAAAUAAACCCUCACACUUGGAGCAACCAGUUAUUCCCCAAGUCACUGGGACCUGUCGGGGCAGAACUUGCUUUCAAAAGGAGCAAUGCAGAAGAAAGCAUAAUUAAACCAAUCGAAAAACUAUCAUGCAAUGAAACUUUUCCUGAAAAAUUAGAGGACCCACAAGGAAAUCUUGGAAGUUAUGCUACUUACAAUCAGUCAGGAUAUAUUCCUUCCUUUCUCAAAAAAGAAGUGAAGUCAGCUGGCCAGAGGAUCCACUUAGCACCUCUCAAUGCAACGGCUUCAGAAUAUACCUGGAACAGAAAAACUGGUCGGGGGCAGUUUUCAGGACGUAUUUACAAUCCUACAGCAAAAAACCUAAAUACUGUGAACCGUGCACAGCCCAUUCCCUCAGUGCAUGGGAGGACAGACUGGGUGGCCAAGUAUGGAGGCCACCGGUAGGAGUCUGUAGUGUGAAACCCCACAGCAUUGCUCCGUAGAGAACGUGCAAGUUCCUUGACCCUGGGAAAUGUCUACAAAUGUCUAUUUCUACUGAGUUCUGGAAGAAAUAUGCAAAAGUGGUACUUGGAAGAGCAAAAAUCAUCCCCUAUUUUAUUUAUUUCCAAGAAAUGCAUUUUCUUAGCAUCAUUGCCCACAGUGUUGAUAUAUGGGUAGGAUGUUACAAAGUAUUGAAUAAACUAUUUGCCAAAGUAUGAAGUAUUUGAUCUACAAUUUAAUAAAUAGUAAAUCCAAUAAGACCCCUUAAAAAAAAAAACUUGCAGAAAAUGUUUAGAAUGUUUUAGUUUUCAUUUGUUGUAUGUGCCCAAAUGGUUUAGUAGUUCUUCACUUUGCUGUGAUAGGCUCAAGAGGUUUGUCUUUUGUUUUUGUACAGCAGUUGGGUCAACCUCUGCUGGCUGUCAGCUGUGGUUAUUUGACUAAGGCUCUGUGCUGCCAUUUUGUCAAUGACAGAAAGAUUGCAAUUAUUUGUUUUUCUACUUUGAAGCUAUGGGAGCGAUGGUAAUUUCAAUCUUGAGCAGGAUGUCUUUUUUUUUUUUGAGGCGAUGUUUCACUCUUGUGUCCAGGCUGGAGUGCAGUGGCACCAUCUUGGCUUACUGCAACCUCCACCUCCUGGGUUCAAGUGAUUCUCCUGCCUCAGCCCCCCGAGUAGCUGGGAUUAGAGACGGGUGCCACCAUGCCCGGCUAAUUUUUGUAGUAUUAGUAGAGACAGGGUUUCACCAUGUUGGUCAGGCUCAGGCUGGUCUCGAAAUCCUGACCUCAGGUGAUCCACCUGCCUCAGCCUCCCAAAGCACGGGGCUUACAGGUGUGAGCCACAGUACCCAGCUUUUUUUUUUU